CUUUAUAAUUUAUCCAAAGUUUUGCAGCAAACACAACCAAAGCCACAAAAUAAAAAUUAUUGUCUCAUUGUAUUUAGAGUAAAAAUGUCUUCAAUGAAUUGCUCUGACCUAUCAAGAACUAGUAGUUACGAGAGAAAACUUCGCUAUAGAGAAUUACUUGAAGAUUUAUCAACCAUAGAGGAUGAUGCAGACAAUGUACGACAAAUGGAGAGAACAGCAGAGGUGGUCAGCGAGGCGCAUAAUCUUUUGGCUACCGGAGGCAUUGAGGAGCGUGCCAAGCAUCCUGGUGAGAACUAUUUAGAUUCCCGUGUGCUGUGUGCCAGUAGUGACCAUGCAUUGCGCUGCUCUGAAGCUGUGAGUGGGAACAUGAACACAUAUGACAAACACCAGUUGGCACAACAUAUUCGAGAGAAUCCAGAGUUCUGGGAGUUCACAUUUCCAAGAGAAGUACCAGUAGUAGCAUCAUUAUUUGGUACCUUCGCACCUACUCCAGCAGAGCAGCGACCGCGUGCGCCACGCAGACGAGUUGAGCGGCAGCAAGCAGCUGCACUUAAGGCACCCGAGACUGUUGACAAAUUGGAUCGCACUGAAGAGGGCAGUGAGAUGGUGGGUAGGGCGCAACGCUUUGUCAGCAAGGCGUGUCGAGCAGCACCGCUGUGCUACUGGCGCGCAGUACUCGACCCGCAAAGCUUCGCCCGCACCAUAGAGAACAUAUACUAUGUCUCUUUCCUAGCUAGAGACGGCAUUAUAAGCAUUGAUAUAGACGAGGAGUUGGGUCUUCCGUUCAUAAAGACUGUGUCUGCGGGGGAACGUGAGCGCGGCGCGGGUGCAGCCAAUCAGUUCAUUGUCUCCAUUGAUAUGAAAACAUGGAAGGAGCUGGUGGACGCGUUCAGAAUCGAGAAGCCAAUGAUGGUGCUAAAGGGUCGUUGAUAAUAUUGUAUUUAUUUUGUUUUAUAUAUA